AUGGACGGCAGGUAUUUCAUCUCCUUCAGCAAAAAGUCUGCGUUGACUCCAUUGGGCCAAAUCAGCAACCGCAGUUCCCUGGACGAGGCCAGCUCCAAAGAUGUAUCCAACUCCGAGUUCACUGAAAACAAGCAGUUUAUGAAGCUUCUACAAGAGACCGUAGCGGAGCAUAUUCACAACGAUUUUGCAUAUAUAAUUGAGGCUGGUGCGGCGCCUUCGUCGUAUGUGCCCAUCUACGACUUCAGAUCUCCACCUUCGUACGGAAGGGCCACAGACGCAGACGGUGCUCUGGGAUACGUGAGAGCUGACGAAAGCGGGAAAAUCAUGCCUGGAUCAUACGAGUCAAACUACUCUUAUAGGCCGCUGUCGGAUCCAUAUGGAUUCCUGAAGCUGAGUGAUCAUAUAUACGAGAAGUUACUGGAGAGACUGGAGAAGUGA